AUGUCUCUUCUGAGCGUUCCGAAGCAGUUCGUGGCCGAGCGCAACCUAAGCGCGUCGGUCGAGGAGCAGACUAGUCAAGAUCCGCUUGGGAAGAUCCGUCAAGACGAUGCGAUAGACGACGCCCACGCUGCAGCAAGGUUUCCAGAGCCAGUUACUCUACGCAAUUCGGGCACGCCAAACAGCAGCAUGCAGCCAAACACGAUGCGCGGCCAAUUUGUACCCGGCACGUACGAGACAAGACCAGAAGGAAAGGACGAGCGUUAUGCACAUCUUCGAAUGAUGCGCAAGAUAGAUUGCCACCUUCUUCCCCUAGCUAUUGCCUUUGCUGUUGCCUUGCUGGAUCGAAGCAACUUGAGCGCAGCUUUCGUAGUGGGUCUCGCACAUGACCUGGAACUCUCGCGUGACAGCCGCUACAACAUGAUCAGCUGUAGCCUGUACAUCUCUGUGAGUUUUAGAGAACGAACAUCCCGGUUGAUUCAACGGCCGCCCGGCAUCACAGGCUCCACGCUCACCGCCGGCUCAUGGUUCCCAAUGCCUGCAGCACCUGUGCUUCUUGCCAGUGAUCGUCAUUCUCUGUCAGCGAUAUUCAGCUCGAUGGUGGCUAUUCACGUGCGUGCUCGUUUGGGGAGGCGUCUGCAUCGCUGCUGGGUUUGUCAAUCACUGGUCUCAGCUACUCGCCUGUAGGAUUGUCCUUGGCGCUUUGGAAGCUUGCUUUUUGCAGCGCGCCCAUUGUUUGCUCUUCAUGACGUAUGCGAAUCGCCAGCUGGGCAAGUGCGUGGCCCCCACUUCUCUUGCUCGAGCUCUCGCUUGUUACUGACUCGGUAUCUCUGCUGUGCUGCAGGCGCUUCGCAGUAUUUUCGUUAUCUGGGGUGAGUAUGGCGGGUGAUGUAGACAUUUCUGGCCGCAGAGUCGCAUCUGAUUUGCGGAAUCGAGCUCAUGAUCGAUCCUCGGUGCAGCACGUCAUGUCUGCUUUCUCUCCGUAGGUCAAAUACGAUACUUUACCCGCCCUGCGUUGAUGAAGACUGAGGCGUCGCCCACUCGCUUGGUCCCUCUAGCCUUCUCAAUGAAGCCUUUUCCCGCACUCCGACCUGGGGGCCCACUCACAGGUGGAGUUGGAUAUUCAUAUGGGCGGGGUGAGAGGCCAUUCGCGCCGCUGGCCAGUAUAGCCUUUCGAGACUGACAGGGAGAUGCGUGUCUUCCUAUGCACUAGCGUUCUCACCGUCAUCGUAGCCAUUCCCGUCCUGCUUUUUGUGGGCGACGUUGAGACGGCUCCCUGGCUCACCGAGUACGAGAGACAUAUGCUUGCUGGCAAGACGCAUAUUGUCACUCAAGGUCCGUGUGAAAAAGCAAAGAGCAAAGACAUUGAAGACGAUACUCGACCACAACGUGGUGUGCACCUGGGCACCGGCGAAGUGCUCACCAUCGUGCGAGAGCAGCCACUCGUCUUUGCGAGCACUGCACUUUUUUUCGCUGCUCUAUUUCCUGUCAUUCUUCUCGCCUACUUUUUGCCAAUCAUUCUGGUUGAUGUUGGAUUCUCGGGAGACGAGGCUCUGAUCAUGUCCGCUCCUGUGAAGUUGUCUGGCCUUGCCGUGGGCCUUACGUCAGCUAUCAUCGCCGAUCGAUACCAAUCAAGGCUGGCCGCUGUCAUGACAGGCAAUGUGGUGAGUGACUCCGCAUUGCUGUUUCCGAGCCUCUGCGAGCUUCGGAGCUUAGGACGGACCAGCCACGUUGCGGCAGAUUACGAGCAUUGGCCUUGGCCUGCUUCUCCUUGAAAUGUCGAAGAUCCGAUUUGGAGGCGUUUUUCUGGUCGACGUUGGUGCAGCGAUCAGUGUCGCUAAUGUACCUCCAUUGCAAGUGAGCCCUCUCGUCGCCUUCUCGAUCACCCGCCUGGACCAGAUUUGAUGCCUGAUUCCGUCUUCUCCCUCGAUCGACAGGCUGCCAAUUUCGCAGAUGUCAAGGUGAAGAGCGUUAGCGCUGGAUGGUGAGUGCUUUUGGAAUCCAAAUGCAGCCUACCAGUCGAUGCAUGGCAAGCAUGCUGAGCACUUCCUAGUGUUUCCGCUCUGAACAGUCUCACGCUGGGCUCUGCUUUAGCGGGUAUCGUGGCUACCUUGGUGUUUCGAACUCAAGAUCGUCCCAAGUUUCUGCUGGGACUGGGCUGGGGUUUCGCCACUCAGGUACGACCAGCAGUAAAAGCUCGUAGACAGACGACGUGCUGACGUUUUCUCAAACCUGCCGCCGUCAUGUAGGCCCUAUCGCUCCUUCUCUGCAUAGCUAUGAUACUGUACCUCUCGCACAUGAAUCGCCUGGCUCGGAAGGGUCUUGUGAUCAUACAACGCAAACGUGAAUUUCGGUACUCCUUCUGA